AAAGUCCAUCCUGAUGAAACUGUUGUAUUUAUUUUAUCAUUUGUUUUAAUGUUUUGAUAAUUGAUGGUGAUGGGUCUUGUUGACUCAUAAAUACUCUGAAUUUAUGUAUGGCAGUGUGCUAGUUAAAACUUUGUCUGUAGAUGUAGUUUGAGGAAAGGGGAAAGGUUGAAUAUAUGGAGAUUUAUUUAGAGAACGAGUCUGUGCAUUUUAUUAUCGCAAUUAUCACAAGCCUCAUAUUUAGCUUGGCACUGACUAAAGGAGGGAAGGUGUUCAAUCACUGACCUAUAUGAAUCCCGUGAAAGAGAUCAUUUGAAUUUUUUGAUGGUGAGAGUGGUACAUACUGUCAUAUGCAUAUGCCUUGCCUCCUUUUCGCCCUUUCAACAGGUAAGCUGGUGUUCAUGAAUCAUGAUUUUGGUUGAUGUAUUUGGUGGGGUUCUUGGGGGAAUGAAAGAAACAGUGGAAUAAUGAGAGCCCAAAGGGUUUGUAUUGAUUGAAUGAAAAGAUUACAUAAACUGGAAUGAUAAAUUGCAGCCUUUCAAGAGGGCUGAGUCUCUCCUAUAUCUCGCUUAAUCACAGAAGUCUUGCCACUUCUCUUCUCAUGCCUACUAUUUAUAAGUAUGUUAAAACAGAUUUUGGUUACAACAUAGCCUUCCCAACAGACUUAGUUACUGCCCCCACUCACUCCAUUCUUUUUGAAUCUUCUAAAAUAAGUGUGCGUGAUUGGGGGCCUAUCUGUAUUUUAUUUAGAUAACAAUCCAUCUUGAAAGUUUGUGUGUUAAUGUAGUGGCAAAUGGUUCGGUCGUUAAAUAUUAGUUUUAGCGUUGGAACUUUUCUUUUGACUGUUGUUAUUCUUUUCUCAUUAUAGAUGCUUCUUUUGCAGAUAUAUUCACCUAAAUUGGAUUCACCUCCUCCAAGAUGGGUUAAUUUUGUCCACGGCUUACUUCUGUUCUUAUAUCAAACUUUUGAUGCUGUUGAUGGAAAGCAAGCAAGAAGAACAAAUUCCUCUAGUCCAUUGGGAGAACUUUUUGAUCACGGAUGUGAUGCUCUUGCAUGUGCGUUUGAAGGCUUGGCCUUUGCGAGCACCGCAAUGUGUGGACGUGAUGCAUUCUGGUUCUGGGUUAUAUCAGCUGUUCCUUUUUACUGUGCUACAUGGGAACACUAUUUCACCAAUACCCUCAUUCUUCCAGCGAUAAAUGGACCUACUGAAGGCCUUAUGUUGAUAUAUGUGGUUCAUUUCUUCACAGCUAUUGUUGGUUCUGAAUGGUGGGCCCAACAUUUUGGAAAAUGUAUCCCUUUCUUGAGUUGGAUUCCAAUUAUAAAUGAAGUGCCAAUGUAUAAAGCCGUAUUGUUUCUGAUGAUAGUCUUUGCUGUUAUACCAACAGUCUCAUUUAAUGUGUACAAUGUUCAUAAGGUUGUUCAAGCAAGAAAAGGAAAUUUGCUGCUAGCUCUGGCAAUGCUCUAUCCAUUUAUUGUGCUAUUGGGUGGAGUCCUUAUAUGGGAUUAUUUAUCUCCUACUGAUCUAAUUGGCAACUAUCCGCAUCUGAUCGUAGUGGGAACUGGACUAGCAUUUGGAUUUCUUGUGGGAAGGAUGAUUCUGGCUCACUUAUGUGAUGAACCCAAGGGCUUGAAAACUAAUAUGUGCAUGUCUUUGUUUUAUCUGCCUUUCGCCAUUGCAAAUGCACUCACUGCCAGACUAAAUGACAGAGUUCCUCUAGUUGAUGAGUUUUGGGUUCUUCUUGGUUACUGUGUAUACACAGCUUCACUCUAUAUGCACUUUGCCACUUCAGUCAUUCAUGAAAUUACAACAGCCCUGGGAAUUUACUGCUUCAGGAUAACGAGGAAAGAAGCUUGAGCCAUGAUUCCAUUAUUAUCUCGGCAUGAUAUCAACACCUUAUCCUUUCGCGGUUUUGCCUUCGUGUCCCUUAAGCCAUAUUUAUGUAUCUUAUGGUUUCUAUGUAUCGACUCAACUUGAAACUCCGCUGAAAAAGCCACAAGAUCGGAGUGUACGGGAUACUCCAUUUUUUCGGUUGAACAAUUUUAACAAGAAUCAAUAGUUGGCGACAAAGAUUAGUUCCAUUUUUAUUUACUGUAGUAACAGCUAUUGUUAGUUUUCUUAUAAUUUUUAUAUGAAGAAUUUGUUGCUAAACUAGUUUGGUUGGAUAGUUUUGUAGGAGAGUAUUCAAUGCUAUCGAACUUCAGAUACAAUUAAAUGAAUCAUUUGAUUUUAUGUUUA